AUGCAGAAAUACGAUGUUAUUGUGCUUGGAACUGGACUUAAGGAAUGUGUCCUCUCUGCUUUAUUGUCUCAAAGUGGGAAAAAGGUCCUUCACAUUGACAAGAAUCCUCACUAUGGAGGAGAGAGUGCAUCCAUUUCUCCCCUUGAGCAGCUGUACAAGAGGUUUAAGGUUUCAGGCCCUGGCAAGUCUUUAGGACGUGGAAAAGAGUGGAACAUUGACCUCAUCCCAAAGUUUUUCCAUGCAAAUGGUGAGCUGUUGAAAAUCCUCGUGCACACUGAGGUUACUCGAUAUCUAGACUUUAAAGUUGUUGAAGGCAGCUAUGUUUACAAAGCAGGGAAAGUGCAUAAAAUUCCUGGCACAGAAGAAGAAAUCCACAGUUCAGAUCUGAUGGGCAUGUUUGACAAAAGACGAUUUAGGAAGCUACUGCUCUUUGCCCAAAACUUUGAUGUUACAAACCCUCGCACCUACCAAGACGUGGAUCCAAACAAAACCACUACACGGCACCUGUUCCAUCGCUUUGACCUGGGACUAGAUGUUCAGGAGUUUACAGGUCAUGCCAUCGCCUUACACAGUGAUGAAAGUUACCUGGAUCAGCCAUGUUUGGAAACCCUCAGUCGGAUCAGGCUGUACUCUGAGUCUCUGACUCGCCACAACGCCAGUCCAUACCUCUAUCCCGUUUACGGGCUGGGAGAGCUACCACAGGGUUUUGCAAGACUGAGUGCAGAGUAUGGAGGAACUUUCCUGACGAACAGAGCACUGGAUGAGAUCCUGAUGGACAAUGGCAAAGUGAAAGCAGUGAAAUCUGAGGGAAAGCUGUUCCAGUGUAAACAGCUCAUCUGUGACCCCAGCUAUGUCCCUACCAGAGUGAGGAAAACAGGCCGUGUGAUAAGGCUCAUCUGUUUAUUGAAUCAUCCAGUUAAAAACACCCACGAGGCAAGCUCCUGCCAGAUCAUCAUCCCUCAAGCACAGCUCAACAGAAAAUCAGAUGUCUACAUAUCUGUAGUAUCCUACACUCACAGUGUGGCGUCAGAUGGGCUGUACAUUGCCACAGUGAGCACCACAGCAGAAACAAACAACCCGGAGAAAGAAAUCCAGCCAGCACUGGAGCUUCUCGAGCCAAUCAUUCAAAAAUUUGUUACUGUAAGUGAUCUUUUAGCCCCCAACGAAGAUGGAAAAACGAGUCAGAUUUUUGUGUCCCGAUCAUACGACGCAGCAAACCACUUUGUGUCUGAAUGUGAAGACAUUAAGGACAUGUAUCAGCGGAUUACAGGAGCGGAGCUGUGCCUCGGACGUCCACAGAGACACCAGUCCUACACCUCUGAUGAUGACUAA